AUGCCAGAAGAAAUGUCUCAACACCUUCCGCUAAUUCCUAAUCUAGCCCAUAUUAUCAAUAUAGCUCGGCGACACGUCGCAGACCAUCGUAAUGUUAUCGAUACUAUCAUGACAGAAGUAACCAUCGUGACCGCCCGUUUCAGUAACGUUAUGGGACCAAUAGCCGAAGUUGAAAACACGCAAUCCGGCGAGAAAGCUGUUAUUGCAGCGCUACGUUUUGCGGCUAUGGAAAAAGCUAUGCAACACGCUGUGGAAGAGGCUGAAAAAAUUUGGCUUGAAUACAAUGCUGAAGUUGAUAAAAACACAACCCUUUUCAACCUGCUCUGGGCUGUGAAAGGCAAGAACGAAGAACUGGACAGCGAGUCCCAGCGGUUGCUAAAUCGCUUCUUGAUGAGAUAUACCGAUUGUGGACACGGGUCACUUGAUAAUGACGGCAUUCAAGAAUGGCACAGCACUAAUCAGGAGAUCGAAAAAUUGUGUACUCAAUUCAACCGAAACCUUCGAGAAUUUGACGGCAACACUUGCGGCAUAUUCUUCACCGAUGAUGAACUCGAAGGUAUUCCGCAAUACGAGCUUGAGGACUGCCAGAUCGGAUUAGAUGGCAAGCGACGCAUGCCGUUACGAUGGGACCAAUAUGUCUCUGUCUUACGAUUUGCACGAAACUCAGAGACGAGAAAACGUUUCCAACUUGCCUGGGGACAGCGAUUGCCUGAAAAUAUUUAUCUUUUUAAGCGUAUAGUUUUGUUACGACACAAGAAUGCACGUCUUCGGGGAUACAAAACCCACGCAGCCUCUCGCUUGCCCUAUCGAAUGGCUGUGUCAACAGAAUGGGUAGACAGUCUUCUCGAAGAACUAAGCGUUGCCAUGAUAGCCGAGGGGAAAAAGCGCUUUGAGCUCAUAGAAAGAACAAAAACCCGAAACACUCCCACUAACGACAUAACUGAAUCGCACAAUAUGAAAUCUUGGGAUGUCGCCUAUUAUAAUCGUAUUCUAAAUGAAGAAUCCGCUUCGGUCAAUCAAGAGAAGAUUAUGGAAUAUUUUCCAUUUCAUCACACAUUCAAAACUUUGCUUGAACUUUUCGCAACUUAUUUGCAGUUACGAUUUGAGAAGUUGCCGGCAGAACAAUUGGAUGGCCAUAUAUGGUGCCCCGACGUUGAAGUUUGGAGGCUUUGGGACGAACGACCUGAAGCUAAAGGGAUGUUUAUUGGUUAUCUUUACGCAGAUUUGCUGGGGCGUCCGCACAAGUACAAAGGAAUUCAGGCAGUGAACCUCCAGCCAGGUUAUCUCAAAAGCGACGGAACUAGAGUUUUUCCGGUUAGCACAUUAAUGUGCAAUUUUUCAGCACGCAUUCUAAAUGGAUGUAUGCUGUUAAAGCAUUCUCAAGUCGUUACUCUAUUUCAUGAACUUGGUCACUGUACGCAUGAUCUAUUGGCCAGAACAAGAUAUGCUAAGUUCCACGGAUAUGAAGUUUGCGUUGAAUUUGGAGAAGCUAUUGCAACAAUGUUAGAAAACUGGUGCUGGAUGAAAGACGUUUUGAAAGACAUUUGCUGCCAUUUCACUGCGUUGGAUCUCAAAUAUGAGGAAGCAUGGGUCAAGGAGAACCCAAAUGUUCCUAUCCCGCGCGCUGAAAUACCCGAUGAGCUAUUGGAGGGUCUCAUUGAAACUCGUCGAGACUCUAGGCUUGACAGAUGCUUAAGCCAGCUCUGCGAUGCAAAAUUCGACAUUGCGGUUCACAAUCCUUCCACCGGCAAGGCACUAGCAGAACUUGAUGAAGUUAAAUUAUAUGUUGAUCUUUACGAAAGGUUCUAUUUUACAAGAAGACCAGAACCAUGCUAUCUCCAUACAACUUUUAGUCACUUGGUUUCCGGGUAUGAUGCAGGCUAUUACGCUUAUAUUUGUGCUAGUGUCUUCGCUCAAGAUAUAUUUGAGAAAGUGUUUGCAAAGGACUACCAGUGCAAGACUUCUUGGAAUCGUUUCCGGACAGAGUUACUAGAACAUGGCGGUAGCCGUGAUGAGCGAGUAAUGUUGGAGAAACUUCUUGGAUCUGUGCCAAGCACUUUUGCCCUCCUUCGGGGUUUGAAUAUCCCUUAUUCAGCUACAGAAACUCUCCCCAAAUAG